AUGGCGGCAUCGGCCCGCUGGGUGCUGUGCCUGUGCCUGGGCUGGGGCUGCCUGUGCCUGGCGCUGGGGGACGUGCCGAAGGCUCGCCGGGUUGGGCUGCGGCGACGAGCUGCCCUGGCAGGAGCUCCGGGCGGCCGAGCCAGAGCCGUGGCAGGUGACUACAGCCUGGGGCAGCGGCGGCCACAGCGGCUGCAGCCAGGGGACAAGGUCUCGGAGCACAUGCUGCGGCUCUACGACCAGUACAGCGGUGGGCAGGCGGCAGCAGCACGGCCCCAGGACCCGCCGGGGCUGCCCGCUCCGUACCUCCGCCGGGGCAACACGGUGCGCGGCUUUCGCCCGCUGGCUGCAGGGAGCCCUGGAAGCCAGGAGCUGUAUGUUUUUAACUUGACUUCACUCACCAAGUCUGAAAAUAUCUUGUCAGCUUCGGUAUAUUACUAUAUCGGUGAUCUGCUGAAUGCUAAGUGGAACUGUUCACAAUCCAGAGGCUGUUCUCAUGGGCACAGAAAACCUGAAAUUCAAGUACAUCUUUCAGUUUGGACCUUUCCUUCUGUUGGGAACCAGACCCGGAGUCUGGGACAUUUCCUAAUAAAUGUCUCCAGUGCUUACAGGGAUGUCCUUUCCUGGCAGUGGAAGGAUAUCACUCAGGUCCUGCAUGAAGCAAAACAAAACAAUGAACUUCUGAUCAGUGUCAAAAUGGGUUUGACAAGCCAUCACCCAUGGAAAAGGGCACCUUCUUACUACGAACCUUACAUUCUGAUAUAUGCCAAUGACUCUGCUAUUUCAGAGCCAGAGAGCGUUGUGUCUAGUUUGCAAGGGCACCGUAAUCCUCUGACAAGGGUCUUUCCUAGGCCAGAAAACCAUGUAAGGAGCAGCACUGGGAAGCGGCGGCGGAAACGCUCUACAAAUGUCCUGUUGCCAUUGCAGAACAAUGAGCUUCCAGGAGCUGAGUACCGGUACAAUGAGAAUGAGAGAUGGGAAGACAGAAAAUCAUACAAAACAUUCCAGCCACGUUUGGCAGAGAGGGCAAAGAGUAAGAAAAAGCAGAGGAAGAAUCAUCACCAGAAGAGCCAGACUCUGCAGUUCGAUGAGCAAACCUUGAAGAAGGCGAGGAGGAAGCAGUGGAAUGAGCCAAGGUAUUGCGCCCGGCGCUAUCUCAAGGUGGAUUUUGCAGACAUUGGCUGGAGCGAGUGGAUUAUUUCCCCUAAAUCCUUUGAUGCCUAUUACUGCUCAGGGGAAUGUCAGUUCCCAAUUCCUAAGGCCUUGAAGCCAUCCAACCAUGCCACCAUCCAGAGUAUAGUGAGAGCAGUCGGAGUAGUCCCAGGCAUUCCUGAGCCUUGCUGUGUUCCGGACAAAAUGUCUUCUCUCAGUAUCUUGUUCUUUGAUGAAAAUAAGAACGUGGUUCUUAAGGUGUACCCCAACAUGACAGUGGAAUCCUGUGCAUGCCGAUAA